AUGCCCUACUCGGGUGUUGAAACGGACAAUCCCGCCGUCAUAAUCCCCUUCCACCUGCCGCCGCCGUAAUCAGACGUCAUGCUCAGCGCCGCCGCCGCCGUCGCUCAGUUCACCCCUGCUCUCUUCCACCUCCCUCACAUUAUCGCCACCACUACUACAAUAAUUACAAUCACAAGCAUUAUCAUUUCCAUUGCAACUAUUAAUACCAUCUGAGUUUUCUGAAUUCACUUUUCUCAUCGAAAUUUAAUUAUAAGCUAAACAGAACCAACUUCUAUAUACUAAACUAUCUUUGGUCUACAUCUACUUAAUCUCGAUAUGUCGGCGGUGUAUCACCAAUUUUCUGCCUUCAGAAGCUUAAAGCUUCUUGAUAACAACAAAAGGAGAAAUGCAAAAUGGAGGUCACCAAGAGCAGCCAUAAUUCCAAAUUUUCAUCUCCCAAUGCGCAGUUAUGAAGUUAAAAAUCGGACAAAUACGGAAGACAUAAAGUCACUUAGACUUGUUACAGCCAUUAAAACUCCAUAUCUACCGGAUGGUAGAUUUGAUCUAGAAGCUUAUGAUGCCUUGGUGAAUAUGCAGAUUGAACAUGGUGCAGAGGGCGUGAUUGUUGGUGGCACCACUGGUGAAGGGCAGUUGAUGAGCUGGGACGAACAUAUAAUGCUCAUUGGUCACACUGUCAACUGUUUUGGUGCUUCCAUCAAGGUUAUUGGAAACACGGGAAGCAAUUCGACUCAAGAAGCAAUACAUGCCACUGAGCAAGGCUUCGCUGUUGGGAUGCAUGCAGCUCUUCAUAUUAAUCCUUACUAUGGGAAGACCUCAUUGGAGGGCAUGAUUUCUCACUUCGAGAGUGUACUUCCCAUGGGCCCCACAAUCAUCUACAAUGUGCCAUCACGAACUGGCCAAGAUAUUCCCCCGCUCGUGAUUCAAUCUGUGGCACGAAGUCCCAACUUGGCCGGUGUCAAGGAAUGUGUUGGGAAUGAUAGAAUAGAGCAGUAUACGAGUGAUGGAAUUAUCGUGUGGAGUGGAAAUGACGAUCAGUGCCAUGAUUCGAGAUGGGACUACGGAGCUACUGGCGUAAUAUCAGUUACUAGCAACUUGGUUCCUGGUCUUAUCAGAGAACUAAUGUUUUGCGGGAAAAAUCCAUUGUUAAAUUCAAGACUCCUGCCUCUAAUCGAGUGGCUUUUUCAUGAGCCUAAUCCUAUUGGCUUAAAUACAGCUCUUGCUCAGCUUGGUGUUGUGAGGCCUGUUUUCCGCUUACCAUAUGUACCUCUUCCUUUGGCAAAGAGAGUGGAGUUCGUGAAUAUAGUGAAGAAACUCGGGCGGGGGAAUUUUGUUGGAGAGAAAGAUGUUCAAGUUCUAGAUGACGAUGACUUCAUUUUGAUUGGUCGAUAUUAGCUGAUAUUCUGUGUAAGAGAACUAGGUUAAUAAAUUUGGUGUUCUUGUUGAAUUCCUUUUGAAACAUUAAAAUGACUGUUUUUCAUGUGUUGGCCUUUUUGUGAUUGGAGUAGAGCCCCAUGUCUUUGUUUGUAUUGCUAAAGAAGAAGUAUUUCACCAAUUUCA